AUGGCGGACAGAGCAGAGGAAAUAGACCAAUUUAUAAAUAGAAUGUAUGGCGUGGAGAGGGAACAGCCAAUUGAGAAUCUAAUACAUUCGCUGGACACUCUUCCAAUUGCUCUCAGCAUGCCAAUGAGAAGCAUGGAUAUUCUCUAUGAGGUAAAGAAGAAGAUGUAUGACUACAGAAAAGUGCGGGUGAGUAAAAAGAUAAUGAAAAAAUUAGUUGAGGUAAUAAUAAGCGCAGCAAAGACCAACAAAGUUGACAUGUGUGAGCUAGAAAACACCUUCAAAGAAUCACCGAGGUACGAUCUAGAUACAAGCAAUACAAUAAUACUUCCAGAGGCCCCGGAUGAGACGCAGUAUGAGUUUAAAAGUAUUUUAGAGGAUGUGGAAGAGGGUGCCAACCACCUAGCAGAAAAAACACAGAACUCGCUUGAGCUAAAUAUCGGAUUGACUGACAAAUUCAUUAUUAACAGAAAAAAUGAGAGACAGAAAAGGUUAGAUGAAUUUAAAGAGAUAAAGGAUUCCAGAAAUACCAACAUUCUUCCUAGAAAAGAUUCACUAUACAAUUGGAAUAUUAGGAGUACAAAGCCCAAUAGAACAAAUGACAAAUGCCAUGAGAUUCUGUCUCGGAUAAAUGACAUAAUAGAAAAAAGCGAGAACCCAAAUACAACCAAUGCGAAUGAAACAGUUGAAUUUACAACAGACAGGGUUAAAAAAUUAGAAAGUUAUGAAUCGCAUUUUAACCAGAAAAUGCUGACCCUUUUAAGUGAGCUUUCUGAAAAACUUGCAAAACCAGAAAAUGCACAUUAUUCUGCGCCAAGUGAGGGAUCAGAAAACGCAUAUAAAGAAAAAAUACGAGAAUUUGAAUCUGAUAAUAAAGAUACAAAUGUGUUGAAAGAGUCCCUGCCUGUAAGUAUAAAAGAGCCGCAAUACUCUGGCAAUUUAGUAAAAUAUGCAGGAGUAGGCAUGGCAGCAGGAAUAUGCAUGGGUGCCUUUAUUAUGUUCAAGGCAUGUGGUAACUAUAUGCCAUACUAAUAAUAUGAAAGUGUACUUUAUUUAGACUAAGCAAAUAUAUACAGCCAAAG